AAUGAUAUCCACAAGGAUCUUUUGGCUGGUAAAUGUAUACGUGGUUUCUAUUUAGAAAACAUGAUUAAAAUCUUAGCAAAUAAAAUGCAUACACCAAUAUUAUUGGAAAAAAUUCUGACAGUUUGCCUGGGAUUAGACAUUUUAUAAUUGGUAGUUCAGAUUAGAAGAAUACCCGCUGAUGCAUUUGAAGUGCACUUAAGGCGAGAGGAUACAACAGUCAGACAUGUCAGCUCUAAGCAGCAUACGCUGAGAAACAUCACAGAAUGCAGGAAAAACAGCAAAACUAUAUAUAUAUAACCUGUGUAUGAUUCGAGAAAACUGGUGUAAAAGUAAAUCAACCACAGCUGUAAAACUAGAAUAGCCAAACUGAAACUGCUUUAGAUGUGCAGGUGCAGAUAUCAUUAAGUUAAAAUAGGCUAAACGAUGAAUAAAUCAUAACGUUCCUCUCUCAAUGAAAAUAAAUGAUCCUAAAUCUUUCUAAAACAAGAACUCAAACUGAUAGUAAAACAAGCUUUGUGUUGUGUCUUCCGGCCCCUCGCAUCCUUUUGUCUGAAUGCCGGAUCCAAGGUGCGCCCAUGCACCUCUCCUCAACCCUGCUGAGGAAAGGUGAGCACAUCCCUCCUUACAAUAAUUAGAGUUGCAGAUUGACAGGUGGGCUCUGACUGUCAGGGUGACGCUUGUCGGAGGGGUGGAGUAAAAGAAGGCGAAGGGGCCCGGAAAGGCAGCUGGAUGUGUCUUGUCUGUCAGUACGGGAGCCGUCUGAAGGCGAUGUGCGCACGUUUCUCCGCUCUCUGCGUUUGCCGGAGGACGCUCCUCGUUGUUACUUUUCAGUCGAAGUGCGCUCGAGGUAAAUAAAACAACAGGAAGCAACAAGAAGAACAGGCCCGCUUCUGCCCGAUGAGUUUCUGAGAAAUUCCAAGUGUCCGUGUUUUGACAAUCGGACGCUGUUAUCGGAGCUCUGGAGAUCGCGGAGCUGCGGCUGGAACCUGACCGGGACCGGAGAGAGACGCCACACCAGAGCCCGCAGUUCGGACUCCUCUCCUCCGACAAGGCGGCGCGAUGUGCUCUCUCCCUCGGAGCGGCGCGGUAGCCCGAGCCCGGCGUUGAUCGAGGAGCGCGUUUAAGUCGGAUGGAAAGGCAGCUGAUCCGAGAGCCGCACCGUGCGCUUUACACCGGGUGUCCAACCACAGCAGCCCUGCGUGGAGUUUUUUUCUUCUUCUUCUUCUUCUUUCCCCCCCUAUUAUCGGAAGAAGUUAACGAUUCUCAUAAUCGUCCGCGUGCAUAACAAAAAAAAAAAAAAGACGCACAGGUUUAGAAACUCUUUACCCUACGGGGGGGAUUUACACUGUUUAAAUAAAAAUCACCUUCAUUCGCUUCCAGCUCUGUCCGCUGUUUUGAUCUCUGCAUGAACAGUCAAGCGGAAAAUCCCGCAGCAGCAUGCCGAGGAGAAAGCAGCAAGCACCGCGGCGGUCAGCAGCUUACGGACCGGAGGAUGAGUUUAAAACAGAGAAGACUGAGGAAGAAGAGCAACUCCUUGACGAUGGCCUUUCCCUCGACGGUCAAGAUGCAGACUUUCUCUUUAACGACGACGAGGAACCAAAAGAGCAUUAUAGCUGCCAGAACUCUCCACUCAGCAAUGGCACUAACCAAGACGCUGGAUACGCUUCCCCACUCAGUACCACCAGUGACCAACUGGUGGACCUUAAAAACACCACUUCCUCCUCUAGUGAUCAGGAAAAGCUAGAGGAAAAGCUUGGUGAAGGUGCUGAGUCGAUGGAUGGCAUCUCUCUUCAGGACAGUCUGACAAAAAUGAAAGCCGUCUAUGCAAACUUAAUUUCGGAUGCCUCCUGGUCCAGCAUUGCUCUGGAUAUGCUGAAAAGUAAACCUGGGACCAAUUUGUUAGCUAGCAAUGGUAGUGGUAGCAACUGCAAAGGCAGCAAUGGGUUCCUCAACAGUCACAGUUCAAGCAGCAGCCACACGAAGAGCAGAUGUAGCGGUAAUGAUACCCCAGUCACCACUUACAUCAACAGCAGCAGCACGACAGCAAGAACGGUCUCGAGCAACAGCAGCACCGGCAUUAGCUCUGCAAGCACUGGAGGAUUAGCCUAUGACUGGCAUCAGGCAGCUUUAGCUAAAACUCUUCAGCAAAAUCCAUACCAGCUCCUUCCUGAGCCUAGCCUGUUCAGCACUGUGCAGCUUUACAGGCAGAAUAACAAACUGUACGGGCCGGUCUUUACUGGGGCUAGCAAGUUUCGGUGUAAGGACUGUAGUGCCGCCUAUGACACCUUGGUUGGUCUGACUGUGCACAUGAACGAGACUGGCCACUACCGCGAUGAUAACAAAGAUCCAGAGGAUGAUCGAAGCAAGAAGUGGUCCAAGCCACGCAAGCGUUCUUUGUUGGAGAUGGAAGGCAAAGAAGACGCCCAGAAAGUCCUCAAAUGCAUGUAUUGUGGCCACUCUUUUGAAUCCUUGCAAGAUCUUAGCGUUCACAUGAUUAAAACAAAACACUAUCAGAAAGUGCCUCUAAAAGAACCAAUGCCAGCCCUCACAUCGAAGCUGGUGCACCCAACCAAAAAAAGAGCAUUUCAAGAAUUGAUGUCCCCGAGCUCACCAGAGUCGGUGUCUUCGGGCAUAUUCCUUGGAGACUCUCCAAAAGACCAAAAAGCAACUAAUCCCUACGUAACUCCUAACAAUCGAUAUGGUUACCAAAACGGUGCCAGUUAUACGUGGCAGUUUGAGGCACGGAAGGCACAGAUUCUCAAAUGCAUGGAGUGUGGCAGCUCCCAUGACACAUUGCAGCAGCUGACGGCCCACAUGAUGGUCACAGGACACUUUCUAAAAGUUACAAAUUCAGCCUCUAAAAAGGGCAAGCAGUUAGUUUUGGAUCCUGUCAUUGAGGAGAAAAUUCAAUCAAUUCCUUUGCCUCCUACCACAACACGUCUCCCAGCACCCAAUGGUCAGCCACAGCCUGACGCCCUAUUGCAGCCCUGCAGCCCUGAAGAGAAAAAUGAUGAGAAGAGGGAUGACGACACAGAGGAAGACAAGCUAGAGGUAAGAGAAACAGAGAGAAAAAUCAAAGAGGAAAAAGAAGACCCAACUGAGAAGCCUGAGAAGCCUGUAAAGACCAGGUCUUACCAGUACCUUACAGAAGAGGACUUAGAAGAAACACCUAAAGGUGGGCUUGACAUCUUAAAGUCUUUGGAGAAUACAGUCUCAAGUGCAAUCAGCAAGGCCCAAACAGGAGCACCAACAUGGGGUGGAUACCCCAGCAUUCACGCUGCCUAUCAGCUCCAUGGAUCUCUGAAGUCUACUAUGCCCUCCUGUGCACCAGUACAACCUUUGUUUAGCAGCUCCAAUCUGAAGGCAUUGUCCUCUGAUAUAGGCUCUCUGAUCCAUUCACCAAAUAGUCCCUCUCCACCUCUUAGCCACAGGAGCAAUGUGCUGGCUAUGGAGGAGCUUGUGGAAAAAGUGACAAGGAGUAGUUCUGGAAAUGAUGAAAAAGAGGAAAAACCUGCUGAGAGUGAGUGUAUGUCUGCAAAGUCCCCAUUGCAAAAUCCCAAGGCCAAUGCAGAAACUCCGCCGAAAGUAGGGCAAAGCUCUACAGUUAAGAAUCACAUUGAUCUAAAAGGUAAAAAAGAGCCAAGCGAGUCUAAAAUAGAAGUAAAGAUAAAAACUGAGGGUGAGUCACCACAAAAAACCGGUAGCAAUGGCUGCAGUAGCCUCAGCAUCAUCACCGAUCAUUUAUCUGAGCAACCUCUUGUCAGCCCUCUCAGUGCUUUGCAGUCUGUCAUGAAUAACCACUUGGGGAAAGCUGCAAAAGUUUCUAGACCUUCUGUGGACCCAUUUGCAAUGCUUUAUAAGAUGAGCAGCUAUGCCCAGGGUAAACAGGCAGAGCCAGCAAGUCAACACCAUAACGAUGAAAUCGAUCAGCCCAUUGACUUAACAAAAUCCAAAACCAGCAGCAACGUUUGUUCAGCUAAAACUAGUCCUACAGCUCUAAACAACAGCAACACAAACAGUGUUAAAGCAGCUUUUAGGAAUUUCUCCCAAUCGUCAUCCCCGCCUCUUCGAGAGAAUGCUUUGAUGGAUAUUUCAGACAUGGUUAAAAAUCUCACUGGCCGUUUGACACCAAAGUCUACAACCCCAUCCUCUGUCUCAGAGAAAUCCGACAUGGACGGCUUUACUUUUGAGGACAGUAUGGAGGAGCUGUCUCCCAUCCAAAGAAGGAAAGGGCGACAGUCAAACUGGAAUCCCCAACACCUCCUGAUUCUCCAGGCGCAGUUUGCCUCCAGUCUUCGAGAGACUCCUGAAGGAAAGUUCAUAAUUAGUGACUUAGGACCCCAAGAGCGAGUCCACAUUUGUAAAUUCACUGGUCUCUCCAUGACCACCAUCUCACAUUGGCUGGCCAAUGUAAAAUACCAGUUAAAGAGGACAGGUGGAACAAAGUUCCUCAAAAAUAUUGACUCUGGCCAACCUCUGUUUCUGUGUAGUGACUGUGCUUCCCAGUUCAGGACUCCCUCUUCCUAUAUAAACCAUUUGGAGUCCCAUCUGGGAUUUACCCUAAAGGACCUCUCCAAGCUGUCCAUAGACUUACUUGAGCAGCAGGCAGUGAGCAGAAUUGAGGACAAGUCGUUUACAUCAACUGGACUUAAUGAAGAUGACACUGGCUCGGCGUAUCAGUGCAAGCUGUGCAACCGAACAUUUGUGAGCAAACAUGCAAUCAAAUUGCAUCUUUGUAAAACACACGGAAAGUCGCCAGAAGACCAUCUCAUCUUUGUGAAAGAGCUUGAAAAGUUGGAUAAACAGUGAAAUCAGUGAUAGCAUGACAGAUUACUGUUGCACUAAAACUCUUAAGUCUCAAUCUGUCAACACAGAUAGUGCCACAACUGUUUUAACACAAACAUGAGCUUUAACACCUUAUAUUCUACUUACUCAGUGUGUUUUUGAAUGAAAAGAGCUUUUAAUGUAGUGGCUCUAAAACAAAUUGUAAAGGUUGUGUUUUAAUUGACAAUUCGAGAGAGAUGGUGCAACCGACAUGGCACCACAGUCGUUGACUGAUUGUUGCUUCAUCAACGCACUGCAUUUUAUCUGAGCCUUUAGCGUUAGUCUGUCUGUCGUUUUGAAAUGGACCCAUGCUCUUGUGAUCAUCACUGUUUAUGUUUUUUUAAUGAAUAUAUUUCACCAUAACUUGCAUAUUAUUUAUAAAGCUGUGCAUGUUUUCAUUGAAAGCAAUGAGUAUAUUAAGUCUGGUUACACUUUAGUAACAGUGACUGAAAUGGUGUCCCUCUUUAACAAAGUUUGCAAACAUCUAGUCGUUUAAAGUUAAAUGGAAAAAAGAUGAUGUUCUAAAAUGUUUCUGCACUUUCAGUGAGUGUAAACCAAUGAAGAAAAUUUUGAUAUACAAGAUCAAGUUUGGUUUUGCGGCCCUUAAUCAAACUAUAAUGUUGUUUAUUGUUUGCCAUUAUACCACGAAGAUGUUAGAGAGGUCUGCUUUUCCUCAAGUAAAAAAAAUCUCCAGUUUUUUCCCCAACAUGUACAAUACUAGCUUAGUAGUCCAUCAAUUUCAUCAUGAAGGAGCUAAACUUGUAAAGUUAAUAAAGUUGAAAACUUAUUGUAUAAAUUAUCAGAAAAAAAACAAUGUAUGUUGGCAUACCUUGCUACUUACAAGGUCAGUAUUAUUUGUAAUGUGUGCAUUUUUACAGUGUUAUUUUCUAGACCAAUAGGAUAGGGGAUGUAAAGCUACAGAAUAUUGUUGGACCAAAAAUGUCCUUUUUUUCAGUGAAUUGUAGGUCCCUCAAUGUGGUUUAUAUUAAAUGAAAUUAACGGCAUCUGAUGCGAUGCCAGUGUCUGUAUAUAAGCUUGAAAGAUUUGCUCAAGAAUUCCAGGUUUUUGUCAUGACCAGUUAUUCUAAAUGGCAUCCUUUUAUCCUUAGUUGUAAAAUAAACGUCAUGUCCUGGAAUAAA